CAUUUCAUGGUCCCUACACCAGCAGUGCAUCAUGAAAUCAUUUCAUCUGUCACUGCUGCUCGUCAAAGUUUCUAACAUCUGAUUGGUUACUCAGCAAAGCAAGUCAUGACAGAUCGAUCCCAGAUAAUGGAUUGAAGCAGUGAAUGCACUCCGAUACGUUAGGUGGCAGUGUUCAUCCGUAUAUUCGUUUUGGAUCAAUCAGCUCACCAUUGGUGCAAAGUGUAAAGCUCUCCGGAGCACAGGUACAGCAGAUACCUGUCGCUACACCACGUACACCUGUUCAAGGACUGAAGGAUGUUUUAGCUGAGUGGCGAUCAUGGGAGCUGGAACAUUUUCUCUGUGUUGCAGCCGAAGUAGCAAGGCUGUUUGUUCCAUACAACAACAACAACAACAACAACAACAACAACAACAACAACAACAACAACAACAACAAUUUGGCUGACAACAAGGCUGAUAAAGUUCCAAGCGUUGAGCUGAAAGCUUCUUGCUUCAGGACUUGGAGAACAGAGGUGAUCUUCUCAGGAAAUGACAUCGAGCCCAUGGUUGUAACAAACAAACUGAUGGAGGUGUUUCCAAAGCUGCAAGAAGGGGGAGGCUUUGAGUUUCUAAACAUCGCAGUCGAAAUCUUGGACUUCUUCAAUGUCCCAGCACAGGAUACAGCCUUACCUAUCGAAAAGAUCCAUCUCCAACAAUUGGACAGGCUACAAUGACGAUAACUACUGGACU